AUGUCAACUACCCAAUGCGAGCGAGCGAUAUCGGAAAUUAUGCCUUUGGCCGACACGGAAGGCGAUCUCAUCGAGCAAAGGCUCUCAGCCCUCAAGCCGCCCAGUCAAAUGUCUUAUACGGAAAUACGACGAGUCAUCGAGGAACUCCAGUUGCACUACGCAUCAAUUACACAACUCCACCACCAGAUUGACUCCUGCCUAUCCGACUGGGUCACGGCUAUUGAUGUAACAUCCCAGGCCACGCGUCAAAUGCUCGAACUAGAAUUCGAAGUGUAUCACGUCUCGAAAGAACCGAUGAACACCCUGGAACGCAUCGAACUUCUAUGCAGCCAGAGCGGU